GCGGGAGCUGCUCUUCCCCGGGCCGGGCAGUGCCGGGCCGCCCUUCGGUCCUUUCAGCCCGGGGUCCAGACGUCUGUGCUCUGUUAGCGAGGCAAGCUCGUCACAGGGCAUGCCGAGAGUACAAAACUAAGCUGGGAAAAAAAAUACGCUUCUUCCAGUCAGUAUAGGCGUUCGGACUUAAGGAGAAGGCGUGUUCUGGAGUUACUGUUUUAGUGACGUUUUUAAUGCUGUAUAUCUAAGAAAAGAUGGCAGAUCCUUGGCAAGAAUGUAUGGAUUAUGCAGUUACUUUAGCAAGGAAAGCUGGUGAGAUAAUCCGUGGAGCACUCAAAGAAGAAAUAUCUGUUAUGACUAAAAGCUCACCAGUAGAUCUAGUAACAGAAACUGAUCAAAAAGUAGAAAACUUCAUUAUUUCUUUGAUAAAAGAAAAAUAUCCUUCUCACAGCUUCAUUGGAGAAGAAUCUGUUGCAGCUGGACAGGGCAGCAUUUUGACUGAUAACCCCACAUGGAUUAUUGACCCUAUUGAUGGAACUACCAACUUUGUACACAGGUUUCCAUUUGUGGCAGUUUCAAUUGGCUUUGUUGUAAACAAAAAGAUAGAGUUUGGUAUUGUGUAUAGUUGUGUAGAAGACAAGAUGUAUACUGCCAGAAAAGGAAAAGGUGCAUUUUGCAAUGGUCAGAAACUGCAAGUAUCAGGCCAAGAAGACAUUACAAAAUCCCUCUUAGUAACAGAAUUGGGAUCAAAUCGUGAUCCAGAGACUAUAAAGAUAAUCCUGUCUAACAUGGAAAGACUUCUCAGUAUUCCUAUUCAUGGGAUUAGAGCUGUUGGUACAGCAGCUGUGAACAUGUGCCUUGUGGCAACGGGUGGAGCUGAUGCCUAUUAUGAAAUGGGAAUUCACUGCUGGGAUAUGGCAGGGGCUGGAAUCGUUGUUACUGAAGCAGGUGGAGUACUGCUGGAUGUAUCAGGUGGCCCAUUUGAUCUGAUGUCUCGAAGAAUAAUUGCAGCAAGUAGUCGAGCUAUAGGAGAAAGAAUAGCCAAAGCACUUCAAAUAAUUCCUCUGCAAAGGGAUGAUGCAACUAACUGAAUACCAAAACUGCACCUUAAAUGUAAUUCUAUAAUGUUGUCUCAAUCCCAUGUGAUGGUUUUUUUUACACCUUGAAGCUGAUUAAAAAAAUAGAUGGUAGUCUUUCAAUAGUUGUGUGACUGCUAGCUAAGUAGUGUUUUGAGACUGGACCAACAUUCUAAAUAAGUUUUUACUGUUUAGUAUUUUAUUUAACAUCACAAUUGCAUAAAGAUCCAUAAAAGUAAUAAAAUAUACACAAUUAAUAUUUUCAGCUUUUAUGCUACACUGUAAGACAUAGUAAGAGGCUUUUUGAUGUCUAGAUAAAUACAAGUCUCUAGUUCCACAAGUGACAAAAAAUUCUGUCUUAGCACUGCAUCAUCACAUCUAAUCCUGAACCCAGAAAGAUGAAGGCAUUACUGUUUAUGCAGCCUGUCUCCCGUCUGUUGCUUUCUUCAGUGUCAUCAGUGUAUCUCUUUUCUUACCUUGUUACAGGUUUUAUAGAGAUUAGCUCACACAUUUCCAAACUUUUUUUUGGUUACUUUCAGCUUUAAUUUAAAGCCUUUGCUAUUUAGCUGUCUUUUUUUUGUUUUCUUUUUUUUUUUGUAGUCAUCAUUUUACCUUUCUCAUGGUACAUAAACAAAAACGGUCUCUUUUAGCCUCUUAUGUGGCCAGUAUACUUGCAAAUUCAUGAGGGUUGCAAAAAUGAUAGUUACUGUGCAUCUCCCAGAAAUAGGCACUGAGCACACCUAUCAGCAAAUGGACUUACCCUAAAUUAAGAUCAACUGUGAUUUCCAUUUGACCAUUGCAGUCAGCUCAUACUGUGUCCUUUAUCUUAUUCAGUUAUAAUUUCUGGUAAUUUUGCUUGAGUUUCUCCAUGGGUGAGUGUGUUUCAAAGACUAAAGAAUCAUUAAGAUCUGGUAAAGAGUUCUCAGUAACUCAGCUGGCAGAAAAAUAAACCCAUAAUUGAUUUUUCACAUCAUUUUGUGUAAGUUAUGAAAGCAGUGGCCAUCCAGGAUCGUGUUUCCAUUGUGUUACAAACUGUAUGGGCAGAAAAGAAGAUCCAUGUCUAAACCUAAAGGGUUUAUAAAUCUAAGACAUACUUAAAAAAUUGAACUGGUUCUUUGAAUUUUUGUAUUUAGGAUUGUUGUAAGUAUCUGUACUGUUCAGAUAACUGAUGCACUUUAAAAUUGAGAUCGGUUUUUAGACUGAUUUCUCCAUGUCUAAAGUUUCCUACAGAAAGUUCCUACGUUGGUGACCCAGUCAAGACAGAGCAAUGUUUUGGAAGACGUGAUUUUUUGUACUGCUUUCCCACUAUUUUUAUUUUGGAAAAUGGUGUUCUCUGUCUUGACGUUUCAACAGAUCUCUGAUUAUAAAUUUCAGUCUUUUAUAUCAGUUGAUUUUUGCAGAUUUUGCAGAAAAUACUUAGUUUGAAGUUGUAUCUAUUGCCAAAUGAUUGCCAUAAAUGAGAACAGCCUGCUAUAUAAAGGCCUUGUCAAAAAGCUAGACCUACAUUAUUGUACUUUUUAAAUUCCCAUUGACAAGGUUAGAAACUUUUUUGAUCAUUUCUCUCUAACUUUAUUGCUGUAACUGAUGUAAUUGAUUAUUUCUAGAAGUGUGUCUACUGUACCAGUUUUUUGCCUUUUGUAUAACAAGUUCUGCAUCAUGUUUUAAAACUCAUUUAUUUGUAAAUCAGUGGCUGAAAAACAGUUGAGGUGGGAGAAGACAUUUGAAAUAAAUUAUGCUUUAGCAGCAGCA